CUCCGUCACCGUCACUCUCCCUCCUCUCUUCACCACACCACCACAACCACCCUACCCACCAACACAACCAUACCAUGCACCACAAUGACAACUCUCAACCUCAACCUCCAAACCCUCUUCACCUCCCUCCCCACCAAGAACUGGACCCUCCUCCGGGUCCUCAAAAGCGCAAAUCCGCACGACAUUAACGGCAACCUCCACGGCACCGCAUCCUUCACCUCUCUUCCUGACACCACCACAACACAAGAUCCCCCCGCACCGCAGCGCCAACUCCUCUACACCGAGACGGGCACUCUGCCGCCACACAUCGGACAUAAUCUCCAAUGGAAGAAGAGUUAUAUCUGGAGGUUGAAACCAUCUACAUCCACAGUUAAGGAUGAUCUAUCCGUCUGGUUUGUGAAAGUGGGUGAUGAGGGGGUCGCGGAUUAUUUGUUUCAUGGGAUGGAGUUUCUUGAUAAUGAUGAAUCUGGGAGUGGUGGGGAUGAGGAUGGGGAGGAGUUUGUGAGUGCGCCGGUGCCGCCAUCUAUACCUGGAGGAGAAGGAGGGGGGAAACAGACGGUGGUGGUUACGGCGAGGGGGAAUCAUCUUUGUAUUAAUGAUAUGUAUCGGACGGCGUAUGCGUUUCGGGUGGUGAAGAAAGAGGAUGAUGGUGAUGGUGGGGAUGGUGGGGAUGGGAUUGGGGAGGUGGUUAGUUGGGCGAGUAGACAUGUGGUUAAGGGGCCGAAGAAGGAUCAGGAUAUUGUGAAUUAUUAUACGGUGAGGGAGGGGGUUUAAAUUAUAGAUUAUAGAUUGUGGAUUGGGGAGGUGGGGAAGAUGAUGUUUGGGUUUCUGCUGGAUCUGGUACAGCUACAGCGUGUAUAUAAAGUCUGGCCGCUUGUCUCCAAGCUUCUCGAUCUCCUGUCUCUCCAGUCCUGCUAUCCAGUGGUCUCGGUCGCCCCGACGACGUUUCGCGUUCUCCCGGCGGAGGAGAACAUACUGUAAGACUGAUCCACCAAACAGAAACAGCACCAAAUAUGCCAGCACCGCCCCGUGACCCGGAUAGAACUGAGGCGCGUCUCCGCCGCGGUAGAUGUUGGAUGACACCACGCCGUUCAGGUUGCCCCAGCCAAUGACAAUACCUAGCGUGACACCGCGCUUGUACACACCUGUCACCGUUAGCCAUGGU